AUGGCUCAAAGCAAGAUCAUCGCCCCGCCGGCCCGGCUCCUGCCACAACAGAGAAAGCACACUGGACUGAGUUCCGUCCACGAGGUCGUGUUCGUCUUCGUUCUCUGCCUCGCUCAGUUCCUCUCCCUGGCUGCAAUGAACCAGACUGUUGCCCCUAUGCUCAUCCUUGCCAAGUACUUUGACAUCCAUGACUAUGGGAACCUCAGCUGGUUCUCGGCAGCUUACAGCAUGACUGUCGGGACUUUCAUCCUUCCUGCUGGACGACUCGGUGACAUACACGGCCACAAGCUCGUCUUGAUGAUAGGUUGGGCCUGGUUCAGUCUCUGGUCUCUGGUCUCCGGCUUCUGCGGCCCUUCCAAUCUCAUAUGGUUCAGCACUUGCCGAGCUUUUCAAGGUAUGGGUCCAGCAUUGGUCAUCCCGAACGCUAUAGCCAUCAUCGGACGAACGUUUCCCAUCGGACUGAAACGGAAUAUCGCUUUUGCUUACUUUGGAGCAUCUGGGCCAACGGGAGCCGCGGUGGGCGCCAUCCUCGCUUCGCUUGUAGCUGAGAACCUUUCCUGGCAUUGGUGCUUCUGGUUUUUGGCUAUGACUUGCGCCAUGUUGGUGGCGGUAUCGUGGUUCGUCAUUCCCUGGCCUUCUGAGUCCCCUGCCUCCCCGGAACGAGCCACCAUCAAACCCGAGUCCGAACAGAUACCAGCCAAACCCACCUUCGACCACCUCGGCGCCCUCACCGGCGUCACCGGCCUAAUCCUCAUCAACUUCGCCCUAAACCAAGCUCCCCUCGUCGGCUGGAUGACUCCUUACAUCCCUGCCCUCCUCCUGCUCGGCCUUCUCUCUCUCCUCGCCUUCGUCUGGGUUGAGCUCUGCUUCGCCCAGCAACCCAUCGUCCCCCUCCGCGGCCUCCAGUGCCACGCAGCCUUCGUCCUCGCCAUCGUCUUCACCGGCUGGUCCUCCCACGGCAUCUGGGUCUACUACCUUUACAUCUUCCUCGAACACUUACGAGGCCACUCGGCGCUGCUUACAUCCCUCGAAACCUCCCCCGUUGCUUUGACGGGUAUCUUCUUCGCCUUUCUGACCGUCUACCUUUUGAGGCGCGGGGUGGCGGUAUCGCUGAUCAUGCUCAUCUCGUGCUUCUUUUUCUUCCUAGGCAGUCUGCUGGUCGUCCUGACGCCUUUGCACCAAACAUACUGGGCCAACACCUUCUUCGCCAUCCUCCUGAUGCCGGGCGCCAUGAACUUGAGUUUUCCAGCUGCUACGAUCCUGCUAAGCGAGCAACUGCCGCGCGAGAAGCAGGGCAUGGCGGCCAGUCUGGUGGCUACGGUCGUCAACUACAGUAUCAGCUGCGGACUCGGAUUGGCGGGGAGUAUUCAUAAGCGGGCGCUGCUGAGGGCGGGGGACAGAGCGGGGGUGGAAAGAAGCAAAGGGAACGGGAGGAAGCCCGUGCCGGCGCUGAGCGAGAGUAGUGAGGUUUUGGUCGGGGUGAGGUUGGAGGGCAUGAGGAUGGCGGUUUGGUUUGGGGUCGGGUUGGGCGCGCUGGGGGUGCUGGUUGCGGGGGGGUUUUGGCUUCGGGAGAACCCGAGGAGGAGGAGGAGGAGGAGAGAGGGUGGGAAGGAACAACAAAGGGAGCAGCAGCAGCGGGGUCAGAUGCAGAUGGAGUUGGGGCGACAGAAUCUGGAGAGAGGGUUGGCGCGGCGGGGUGGAAAGGGUGGAAAUCAGUCGUGGAAGGGUUGGGCGGGCACGACGGCGACGACGGCGACGACGGGGACGACAGGGAGCGAGGAUUCUGGGGUGGUGGAGGGGGAGACGGGUUUGCGUAUUUAUGAGGAGAUAAAGAGUGUUUUCUACUCGGCUUACGUCGGCCUGGAAAGGACCUCGAGAGUUGGCUGA